AUGACUGUUCGACCAGCCUCCAAGAAGGACAGGAAGCAUGCCAAAGAAAAUGGCGGCAUUGCCGCUGCGGUGACGAAGCAGACAGCUGGCAAGUUCGCGAUCCCCAACGCCAACACCAACGGUAGCGCUGGUGGUAGCAACGGCAGUAAGAGUCCUGCUGCUUCCCCUGCUUCCACUGCGUCCUCGCCCCCGGCCGAUACUCCAGAGAUCAAACCCUCUGCUGUCCCCGACAAUGACAAUCCCGCCGUCUCUCCCAUGCUGGAACCUUUGUCUACAACUCCGGUAUCUGCAAGUACGGCACCGAGCAUGAGCAACGACUGGAUGAGGAACGGUUUGGCCGGCUCUCCAGGUAACUUGAUCAGCUUGAUGGGUGAAUCACCCCCAACCCAGCCGUCCUCCUACGAGGACCCAAGUAGACUUCAUCACGGAUGGGCCGCCCAACGACCAUACAUGAGCCCCUCCCCGGCCUCGUUCUCCCCGCCCAACAACAUUCGACGUCCUCUGAGCUUCCAUAUGGAGGCACAGUAUCAGUCGCCCGAAACCCCGCCACACCUGCCAACGUCUUAUCGCCGUGGCUCUGUGAAUUCACCUUUCCCGGGCUCCCGGAUAGGAUCCCACCCACCGCUUCCCCACCAACCCCAGUCGCACUUCUAUGGCGCCCCUGACAUCGAUCUUAACAUGACAUCCAACUCGGGCAUCAAGGCCGGGGAACGGGGUUACUUCUUUGGGUUUGACAAGCUCCCAGAGUGCUCCGGUUUCCCUGGUGGUUCAGGUAAUGUUGUCAUUGCGGGAUAUGAGGGUGGUUUGGAUGUCUAUGCUGUGGGCAAACGAGGUUUGGAGCCCGUCGGCAGUCUCAAGGGGCUGAGAGGAGGCGUUCAUCAUGCCAAGAUCCUCCCCUGGACAGUGGACGGAGACCAGGAAUCCCUCUUUCCUCUUGUGGCGGUAGUACUCCACGGGCCAGUUCUGCCCUCGACGCCAGGGAUUUCCGUUCAAGCUGAUGGUGCAAGUCCCAAGCCCGACGGCACCACCAGUCCUAGGUCCGUUUUCACCCAACAGGACGGAUUCCAAGGUCGGCAGAGCUUUCCAAUCGACUCUUAUCAAACUUCGGUUGAAAUAUACUCGCUUAAGACGAACCAGCAGGUUGAUGUGCUGCUUCAAGCGCCCAAGAUACCGAUCAAUCCUGAGAUCUCCGUCACCAACCCCAUCUUCCGGCCUCCCCAGCCCAACGGCGCAUUUACAAUCCGAGCAGAUUCUGGAACGAUUGUUGUGUGCUCUGGUCUCACUGGUGAGUGCUGGGUAUACCUCCAGCUUCUGGAGAGCCAAAACGGCCACAUCUUUACAUGUGUCGGCAAGCUAUGGGCCAGCCUUCAACAGAGCUACCGCGGCGAUGUUCCCGAGGAGGCCGAUAAGGUACGCGCCUCGCCAACUCCGCCUCGGCCUAGCCCUCAAACCCCGAUCCUCACUCUCAACGGACGGUGGAUUGCGUAUUGUCCCUCGGCGCCGUCGUCCCAGAUUUCACUCAGAGCGCAUGUGCCCCUCCCUAUCCUGGGCAAGGCACCUGGGCUCUCAAGCAUCACACCGCCGCAACUGCCCCAGAUCUCUGCCUCUGUGGACCUGCCAAUCUCAGACAGUGUCGUCAACAAGAUUAUGCGCGAGACGACUCAAGAGCUGAUUCAAGGAGCCAAGUGGGUUGGGCAGCAAGGCUUACAGGCCUGGAACUCGUACUGGAAUAAGUCAUCCGGCCCUCAAUCGCUGCCACAGCAAGCCCGCUCGCCUCCUCAACAUUGGGCUGGCACUCGAUCUCCUCACGCAGAUCCGAGCCAGUUCCCUCCCACGCAUGGGUCCUCUGGACAAGUUGUGUCUAAAGAACUAGGCGUGGUAUCGAUCGUUGAUGCCGAGUCUCUUACAUCCUCGGCCUCAAUUCAUCCCCUGACGACGUUUGUGACCCCGUUGGGAUGCAGCUUCCUCUCUUUCUCCCCAUCCUCUCUCGCUCUCUUCACAGCGAGUAGCAAAGGAGAUGUGCAGACGGUGUGGGACCUCUUCCGUAUCCAACAUACCAGGUCUUCGCCUCUGCAGGCGACGGUUACUCCGAACACCAACACUGGGCCGCAGGUUCGCCAAAUUGCCCAGUUUUCCCGAAUGACUGUCGCACGUAUUGUCGACGUUGCUUGGACCGAGGCAUCGGGCGAGCGCAUCGCAAUGGUGACGGAACGAGGCACUGUUCAUCUUCUUGAUAUGCCAUCGAGUGCGUUUAUCUGGCCAGCACCCCGCCGCCGCAAGGCUGUCCCAGAGAGCGGGACUGCGACUCCCGAGCCCUCCAGCUCGGCAGUCUCCAUCGCGUCAGGCGCUUUUGGUGCAGCAUACCACGCCGCGAAGCCUUUCGUGACACGUCCCCGCCGCAGCAGUGCGAAUAUCCCCGGUGUAACAGGAAGCACGCUCAAGGACUCGGCAGCUAUUGGCGGACGAGUUAUUGCUGCUAGCAUCAGCAACUCGCUCGGCAAGACUGGGACAGCCUUGAACCAGCUUCGGCACACGGGCGAGAAUCGGGUUUCACUGCCACCAAGUUCCGCGCUACCGUCGGCUUCUUGUGUGGCCUGGAUCAAGAGCCGGAGACAUCACGGGCUCUUCGUGGUCGGAGAUGGCCUCGUGCGAACGUUUUCCUGCAAGACCCGCCGCUCCUCUGUCCAAUCCGGUAGACGGGUAACACGAGCGAGCAGGUACCAGGAUUACAACGUGCCGGCUUUGCCCAACGAUCUCGUAGCCCCUGCCGUCCGACAAAUGAUGGACCUAGGGGCUCAGGAAGAGAUCCUUGACCUGUCAGACCGUGACAUGGAUGCAGGAAAUACGCUCACUCUGAAUGCACGCCCACGCAUCGCCCCAGCGGAGCAGGUCAUGGAGUCCUCGAUCCCUCAGGCCGAGAUAGAGUCAAGCGCCCCAUAUCAGCCAUUCCACACUGACAGGCGAGUCACGUUGUGCGAAUAUAGUCGGGGCACGACAGCCCAGUUGGAGGUGGUAUCACAAAUCCUAGCCGAUACUAGUCUAGAGGGAAAAAUGCGGUCGAAGAAGAAGAAGGGGCAACCCACGGAAAGUAGCGCCUCUCACGAGACGCCGAGCUCAGGAGCUUGGGCAUUCGGUCAGGAGAUCGCCGUUGUUCGACUGGACCUUGGACUGCCGCCAGUGGCCGAGGAAGACUACGGCGGUCCCGAUGACCAUAUUGCUCUCCCCCAGUCUGCCAUGGAGCGUGUGAUGCAAUACGGGGACGAGGAGCAGAUCGUCGUGACGACGAGAAGACGACGUGGAGCGCAAGGAAACAGCCCUGGUGAGGAUGGCUUCUUUGAAGAUGACUGCGAAGUCCUCGACUUUGCGGACCAGCGAGUGUAA